AUGUCCAACUCUCAGCCCGUUUCUGAUCUUUCGCAGCAAUGCUCGGAUAACUCUCCUCCGGCUAAAGAGCAAGGAUAUCCAGAGGCGGCCCAGAUCCUAACAGAAUUGCCGGAAAAGCAUGAGUCCAUGCCAGGUCGUCGUGUACAGGAAACUGUCAAAAUCGAAGAUGGCGCCGCAGCAGUAGAGAUUAUCAUUCAGGGCAGCGGCUUGCGUGCUUUUGUUGACCCCCUAUUGGAGCCUCUCUGUUUCGACCUCGUGGGCACUUUGCCGCAAAUGGUUCCAACUUUCAGAGUCGCUUAUAGCCAUGACGGAAAAUAUAUUGCGACUGGCGAUGACAUGGGAAACGCCUAUGUUUUUGAUGCUGCCAACAAACGGAUCGUGCUCCAAAAGGGCGUGGAGGUAAAGGAACUUGUAUCCUCUCCCGUUUGUUUCAGCCCCGAUGGGCAAUCUUUCAUGUUUGCGUCCGGUGGACUCGUCCAGGUGUGUGACAUUGCAACAAAAACCGUUCGACGCCUUUUCGAUCACAAAUCGGGCGCGUCUGCACUCGAUGUCUCAAAGGAUGGCCGUUGGCUCGCAUCCGGCGAUUUCUGUGGCACGGUUCACAUUUGGGACUUGGAACAAAGAGUCGAAAGUGUUGGAAACAAAAAGGUUGAAGCCCAGGGGACUAUUGCGGCUGAUCUUCCAAAAGAACCCAAGGAAUUCACCGAAGGCAACGCCUAUAUAUUCGACGUCAAGAUAUCUCAAGACAGCUGUUUUGUGGCCGCAGUUGGCGACGAUGACUAUGCUCAUGUAUGGAACUUGAAGACGGGGGAGCUUGUUGCAAAGUUCUACCAUGGGAAAAGAGUCAGGUCAGUAGCUCUCUCUUCAGACGGUAAAUUCCUAGUUACUGGAGGAGAUUCCGACUUCAAAGUAUGGAAUCGAGACACUGGCGCGUGUCGUUCAUACCAUGAAGCUCUUGGAUCUGGGUUGACUGCAUUGUCAAUGACGCCGGACGACCGGUGGAUUGUAACCGCCUCCAACCGCGGGUUGAUCCGGUUUUGGGAUCUAGCAACGGGGAAGAGUCACUGCAUAGUCGAUGCACACAAGAAAAUCAUCUACUCGAUAGCGUUCAAACCGGGAGGCGGUUCUUUCGUGACAGUUUCCAAGGACAAGACGUGGAAUACUGCGAUUGGCCUGUACAGUGCACGAUUUGCGCCGUCCAAUUCGACCCAAUUGACCGACUAUCCUCGCCUCUUCUUUUAUUUUUGUAUACGGCAAAUCGACACCAAAAAACAAAAAAUGCUUCGGAGAGCGUCGGCAAGAGCUGCGUCGGGUGCGAUCGCCGGGUCUCGCCUGUGGCAGAAAAGCGCCUCCCCUCUCUCUCACAGCCUCACCCCGCAGAGCAUCAACUCCAACAUCACCUUCAGCCUCUGCCAAAAAUCGAUCCCCGCCAGCCUCAGAGCCCUUCACGCCACCAGAGUCACCAUGGCCGACAAGCGAGUCGAGAGCGAUGCCUUUGGCGAGAUUGAAGUGCCCGCCGACAAGUACUGGGGCGCCCAGACGCAGCGGUCGCUGGGCAACUUCAAGAUCAACCAGCCGCAGGACCGCAUGCCGCCGCCGGUGAUUACGGCCUUUGGCAUUCUCAAGGGCGCCGCGGCCACGGUCAACAUGCGCUACGGACUGGACCCCAAGAUUGGCGAGGCCAUCCAGCAGGCCGCCAAAGAGGUCGCCGACGGCAAGCUGCUCGACCACUUCCCCCUCGUCGUCUGGCAGACCGGCUCCGGCACCCAGUCCAACAUGAACGCAAACGAAGUCAUCUCCAACCGCGCCAUUGAGAUACUCGGCGGCACCAUGGGCUCCAAGAAGCCCGUCCACCCCAACGACCACGUCAACCGCAGCGCCUCGUCCAACGACACCUUCCCCACCGUCAUGCACAUUGCCGCCGUCCUCGAGCUGGAGCGCGACCUGCUGCCCGCCCUGCACAGCCUCCGAGCUGCUCUGCAGGCCAAGGUCGACGAGUUCGAGGCCAAGAAGAUUAUCAAGAUUGGACGCACCCACUUGCAGGAUGCCACUCCCCUGACCCUGGCCCAGGAGUUCUCCGGCUACGUUGCCCAGCUCGACUUUGGCAUCAAGCGUGUCGAGAGCUCUCUGCCCGACCUGAAGCUGCUGGCCCAGGGCGGCACCGCCGUCGGCACCGGCAUCAACACCUUUGAGGGCUUCGCCGAGGGCAUCGCCGAGGAGGUCAGCAAGAUGACCGGCAUCACCUUCCAGACUGCUCCCAACAAGUUUGAGGCCCUGGCUGCCCACGACGCCGUCGUCCAGGCUCACGGAAGCCUCAACACCCUGGCCGCCUCUCUCACCAAGAUUGCCCAGGACAUCCGAUACCUGGGCAGCGGUCCCCGAUGCGGUCUCGGCGAGCUGGUCCUGCCCGAGAACGAGCCCGGCAGCAGCAUCAUGCCCGGAAAGGUCAACCCCACGCAGUGCGAGGCGCUCACCAUGGUCUGCGCUCAGGUCAUGGGCAACAACGUCGCCACGACCAUUGGCGGCAUGAACGGCCAGUUUGAGCUCAACGUGUACAAGCCGUUGAUUAUCCGCAACCUGCUGCACAGCUCGCGCAUCCUUGCCGACGGAAUGCGGUCGUUUGAGGAGAAUCUCGUUGCCGGGCUGCAGGCCAACGAGGAGAAGAUUGCCAGCAUCAUGAAGGAGUCUCUCAUGCUGGUCACCUGCCUCAACCCCAAGAUUGGCUACGACAUGGCCAGCAAGGUGGCCAAGAACGCGCACAAAAAGGGCCUGACGCUGAAGCAGAGCGCCAUGGAGCUGCAGGCGCUGACUGAGCAGGAGUUUGAUGACCUCGUUAAGCCCGAGCUCAUGGUUGGACCCAAGAAGGUGUAA